CAUAUAUUCGUCCUCACAUAUUCCGCGACCUGUUGGAAUGAGGUGAAGCCACUGCACACUUUCUCGAGUCGCGGUGAGGUCCAGUCUUGGACAUUGUGAGCAGGAAUGGCAGACGGUGUCGAGGCUAUCGAGGCCAAGGAGGCCGAAAAUGCGGGCUGGGUCAGAACUGUGAAAGAUCUAUCGGCUGGUGCUGCUGGUGGUAUUGCGCAAGUAUUGCUGGGUCAACCAUUCGAUAUUGUAAAGGUGCGACUCCAGACAACUUCGACAUAUCCAAGCGCUGCAGCGUGCGCAUCAUCCAUUCUGCAGAAGGAGGGGCCACUAGCAUUCUACAAGGGAACGUUGACUCCUUUGAUUGGUAUCGGAGCAUGCGUCUCUGUGCAAUUCGGUGCUUUUCAUUACGCUCGUCGAGCCUUUGAGGAACAGAAUCUGAAGCGCAGUCCGGGCACUUCACCUGAGUUGUCAUAUGGCCAGUACUAUGCGGCCGGCGCAUUUGCCGGUCUGACCAACUCUGUCCUGUCUGGACCGAUUGAGCACGUCAGAAUCAGACUUCAGACACAGCCUCACGGAGCGGAUCGAUUAUACAGCGGCCCUCUGGACUGCAUCAAGAAGUUGUCUGCGCAUGAAGGUGUUCUUCGCGGUCUUUUUCGUGGCCAAGCCGUCACGCUAUGGCGUGAAGCACAAGCUUACGGUGUUUGGUUUCUAACCUUUGAGUAUCUGAUGGCACAAGAUAUGAAGCGCAACAACGCCAAGCGAUCCGAUAUUUCGUCGCCCAAGGUCGCCUUCUAUGGCGGUUUGGCUGGUGAAGCACUGUGGAUUGCCAGCUACCCAUUUGACGUCGUUAAGAGCAAGAUGCAGAGUGACGGUUUCGGAAAGGAUCAGAAAUUCAAGACCAUGCGUGAUUGCUUCUCCCAGACAUGGAGAGCCGAAGGCAUGAGGGGCUUCUGGAAGGGAAUUGGACCGACUUUGGCAAGAGCCAUGCCUGUGAGCGCCGGUACAUUUGCAGUCGUCGAGAUGACCAUGCGCGCAUUGGGAUGAGGUUAAGUAAGUAGAAUUAUAUAUUGGACUCGGAGCAAGAUAGUCGGUGUCAACAACAAUCAGCAUCACGGAAUUUGGACUGUCCCUACCUAUGCAGUAGUUUGGUCGGAUAGGACCCAGCAGGAAAGUCCGACUACUAUUGAGUCGCGUAAUUUCACAUGAAUGAUUGCC